GUUGUUUUUCAUUUCCUCGGUCCCUCCCCUCCGUCCGAAUCGCCGAUCCCGAAUUUCUCCGUUUCCGACCACUCCCUACUCCUGAGUUCCUCCAGAUCCCAGAUAUGGUUCGUGGAAGAGAUGCCUGCUGGGAGCACUGUGUCCUUGUGGAUGCUACGAGACAGAAGGUCAGGUGUAAUUAUUGUCACCGGGAGUUCAGUGGGGGAGUUUACAGGAUGAAAUUUCAUUUGGCUCAGAUCAAAAACAAAGAUAUAGUGCCGUGUGCUGAGGUCCCUGAUGAUGUGCGCAACCAUAUUCAGAGUAUAUUAAGCACUCCCAAGAAACAGAAAACUCCAAAGAAACCAAAACUGGACAAGGUAGUAUCAAAUGGCCAACAAAAUAGCUCCUCUGGUAGUGGUGGUUUCCUUCCUAACCAUGGAUCUAGUGGGCAGCAUGGCAGCAGUUGUCCAUCUUUGUUGUUUCCACGUCCUUUACCAACAGAGCUGCAAGAAGUUGACAGCGCAGAAAGGAAAAGGCAUGAUGAUGCUGACAAAAAAAUUGCUGUAUUUUUCUUCCACAAUUGUAUUCCUUUCAGUGCUACUAAAUCUAUUUAUUAUCAGGAAAUGAUGGAUGCUGUGGUCAAGUGUGGAGUGGGUUACAAAGCCCCAAGUUAUGAAAAGCUGAGAUCCACACUCUUGGAAAAAGUCAAGGGUGAUAUACUGGAUUGUUAUAAGAAAUAUAGAGAUGAGUGGAAAGAAACUGGUUGCACAAUCUUGUGUGAUGGUAGGACAAAAUCCCUUGUUGUUUUCUCAGUCACUUGUCCAAAGAGGACAUUCUUUUUGAAGUCAGCUGAUGUGUCAGGUCAUGAGGAUGACCGCACUUAUCUGUUUGAGUUGCUUGAAUCAGUUGUCCUGGAAGUUGGUCUAGAGAGUGUUAUUCAGGUAAUAACAGAUGGUGCUGCUAGUUAUGUUUAUGCAGGAAGGCUUCUUAUGGCCAAGUACAACUCAUUGUUUUGGUCUCCUUGUGCAUCUUAUUGUAUUGAUAAAAUGUUGGAGGAAAUGAGUAAACAAGAGUGGCUGGGUGUGGUCCUGGAAGAGGCAAAUUCUAUUGCACACUACAUAUACAGUCAUGCAUGGACUUUAAGUAUGAUGAGGAAGUUCACUGGUGCAAGAGAAUUGAUAAGGCCAAGAAUUACAAGAUUUGUGACCAAUUUUCUCACCCUGAGGUCUGUUGUGAUUCAGGAGGACAAUCUAAAGCACAUGUUCUCUCAUUCGGAAUGGUUAUCAUCCAGUUACAGCAGGCGUCCUGAUGCUACAACUGUUAGGUCAUUGUUGUAUCUAGAAAGAUUUUGGAGGUCAGCACAAGAAGCUGUUAGCAUCUCUGAACCACUCCUUAAGAUCCUUAGGAUUGUUGAUGGUGACAUGCCUGCUAUGGGUUAUAUGUAUGAGGGCAUAGAAAAGGCAAAACUAGCCAUCAAGGCUUAUUAUAAGGGUAUUGAAGAAAAAUAUAAGCCAAUGUGGGAUAUUAUUGAUAGAUGUAUGCAGCUUCACUCGCCAUUACAUGCUGCAGCAGCAUUUCUUAAUCCAUCAAUUUUUUAUAACCCAAACUUUAAGAUUGAUCUGAGGAUGAGGAAUGGAUUUCAAGAAGCCAUGAUGAAGUUGGCUACGACAGAUAAAGAUAAAAUAGAAAUCACAAAGGAACAUCCAAGGUACAUAAAUGCACAAGGAGCUCUAGGGACUGAUUUUGCAAUCAUGGGAAGGACGCUGAACACUCCAGGUGAUUGGUGGGCAAGUUAUGGUUAUGAGAUACCCACACUCCAGAGAGCUGCAUUACGAAUAUUGAGCCAACCUUGUAGUUCUCACUGGUGCAGGUGGAACAGGAACACCUUCGAGAGCAUUAACUCAAAGAAACGCAACAAAGCAGAGCUAGAAAAAUACAAUGAAUUGGUUUUUGUGCACUGCAAUCUUUGGCUACGAGCCAUUUGCCAAAGUAGGGAUGGAAAAUGUAAACCCAUUAUCUAUGAUGAAAUAGAUGUUUGUUCAGAAUGGCCUACUGAAUUGGAACCUUCAGCUCCUCUACUCGAUGAUUCAUGGUUGGACAGUUUGCCCCUUGAAAGCAGAUGUAGUCCUUGACAUUGUAAACAAAGUGAAAAUAGAUACAAGAUAUAUAUUGAAUCAAUUAUUGACACAUAUAUUGCUUGAUGACCAUCUUGUUUAUAUUCAUCAUCCUAGAAACCUUUUAUAUUUAUUGGCUGAUCAAUCUUAUGAUAUGUACAGAAUCUCCUACUCCGGGUACUUGUUUCCUCAAGGAAUAUAUGAAUUUUGUUUAA